CUCGAAACACGGCCCAUUCCGCUUUGUGUUUAUGUAUUUGGUUUAUUUGAUUUGCGCCGCGGCAUGUCAUGUGUUACGUAUGUACUUGUCAGCUCACAUACCUCACGGUUCCCUUCCCGUACGGUAGAUACUGUAGCAAUCCUCCCUGCCUCUGUCUGUAUUUGCAAGCCGCCAUUCGGGAAGAUUGUUGCUAUUGUUGUGCCCAAUUGCCCCCCGUCAAUACAAGACACGAAUCAAUAAUAAAAUCGAUGAGCUUCACAACCAUUCGCCUGGCAUCCGCCACUUGGCGAUUCAUGAGCCAUGGAGCUGAUCCCUUAUACGUCGAGAGAGGGACGUGAGAUUGUCCUCCGCCAUCACAAUGCUCUGGUCGUGCGCGAUCCUGCCUCGCAACGCCUCGAGAUCCGGGGCCUGUCCCUGACCGAAUGCCCGGCCUGUCAUCAACCGCUUCGAGCCCGCUCAUCCUCACCCGAACGACGCUUCGAGGGACCAGAAACCCACCAUGAAUCCUACGUCAACCCAAACUAUUUUCGCAUGCUGCGGGCCGCUCAUGGCGAAGAGCACCAUCCACCCCCCAGCCCCAUCUUCGAGCGAAGGCUCCCACACCCAGCGCUGCCCAUCGGCGAGCACUCACGGGUACAGGAGGUCGAGAUUGCCGAAUUCGUCUCGAGCACGCCGGCUCAAUCACAGACCCCCCAGCAAGGCGCCCGCAUCCGACGGCAGGCUUUCAGUCCCAACUACUUCCGCGCCUUCUUCGUCGAGGAGCGAGAACUGGGCCGCGGCGGCAAGGGUGUGGUCCUGCUGGUUCGUCACGAGAUCGACGGCUGCCAGCUCGGCCACUUUGCCUGCAAGAGAGUCCCCGUCGGCGACGAUCACGCCUGGUUAGAAAAGGUUCUCAUCGAGGUUGAGCUCCUCGCCAAGCUGUCCCAUCCGAACCUGGUCUCGUACCGCCAUGUCUGGCUCGAGGAUGUCAAGCUCCAUCGCUUCGGCCCGAGCGUCGCCUGCGCCUUCAUUCUACAACAGUACUGCAACGGCGGCGAUUUGCUGCGCUAUGUGGUGGGCGACCAGCCCAAGGAAACCACCAAAGAGCAGUUGAAGGCCCAGAUGCGCAGGCGUUCCAAAGGCCAGGCCGAAAGGCCAGACCUGCAAUCCUCCCAGCGCCGUCUUUCUUUCGAGGAGAUUUACUCCCUCUUCCGGGACAUCGUUUCUGGCCUUGCCUAUCUGCACAGCUCCAAUUACGUCCAUCGCGACCUCAAGCCCAGCAACUGCUUGCUGCACUACGAGAAUGGCAAGCUGACUUGCCUCAUUAGCGAUUUCGGUGAGGUCCAGCCUGAAAAUGCCGUCAGAAAGUCCACGGGCACUACGGGUACAAUCUCUUAUUGCGCCCCCGAAGUCCUCAUUCAGGACCCCUCUGGCCGCUUUGGCAACUUCACCGCGAAAUCCGACGUCUUCUCCAUGGGUAUGAUCCUCUAUUUCUUGUGUUUCGGCCGGUUGCCCUAUAGGAACGCCAACUCCAUCCACGAGGAGCUCGAAGACAUUGAUCUUCUGAGAGCUGAGAUCACCGACUGGAAGGGAUUUCAGGAAGAGCGCAGGGAGCGCCCAGAUCUACCGCCAAAGCUCUACCACUUGCUUAAGAGAAUGUUGGCUUUGAGUCCGUCAGAACGCCCCUCCGCCGCCGACGUCCUGGAUGCCAUGAACCAUGAAUCCAACAUGGGUGCCCCCCGAAGGGAGUCCAUCACAAGCAGCCCGCCUUUAGGUUUGCGCGAGCAUAGAAUUCAGAAUCUCGACUCGCCCAUGGCACCGGGCACACCCGUCCCUGAACCGUUCAAGCAUCGAUUUAGGGGCAGGACGCCCAAUGAUGCUGUGAUCCCUGACAGUAACCCUUCGGAUGGCAACGACCAGACACGUGAAGCAUCCCUGGAUAAUGCCCUGCGAGAUCAUGUAGAUGACAUCAGUCCUGGCCGUUCACAGGCCAUGAUGCUAUCGAACAGCCAAGACGAUUUCUUUCAGUCUCCACCCGCUGAGCCAGAUGACAAAAACAGUCAUCAGCCUCUCGCAUCUCCCCCACUACUCAUGCCCCCGCCAAGUACCUUUGGGGGUGACAUCUGGCAUAAAGGUGUCGUCGCGUUGCAUAGCACGCGUCGAUUCUACUUGAGCAAUCUCCAGGGUGUUGUCUUUCUCUUACGGCUUGGCAUAUUCCUACUCAAGAUGGCAUCGGUGGCUCGCAUGUGCUGGCCGCUCACGGCUCGUCUCGAGAUCAGCGCCCCUCUGGUGGCAGUCGCCGCCAUGGAUCUUGGUAUGCCACACGAUGGUGCUGCAAUAUCGGCACACGCGAAUGGCCUGCACGUGCCGCGGUAUUCGGCUUCUUUGCGAUGGGCAUGGGGUUGGAGGAUCAGCAGCAUGCUUUUGAUGCUGCAUUUUGCUGUAGUCUGGGCAGUGACCAGUUGGCACUCACCAUGCAACCCACGCUGGGAGUACAUGGAGAAGGAAUAGCGAGAUGCUCCUGGAGGGAUGCAAAGUACCGCGGAGGGGUGCAAAAGUAUCACGUGGGCGAUAUAUAUGAAAUGCGAACGGGCAUACAGCUCUAGUCCAUGAGGAUCCGCGUUAGAAUGAGGGCCUACGGGGCAUAGCGAGCGCGUUCGUUGUUGUUGAUGAGUUGAUAGAUGGAUUUAAUAAUCCUUAUAUAGUGCGGCUCGGGAAAUGAGAGACUUCUGCACAGCCUUGACUGGUUGUUCAUCUCGAGGCGGUACAACUCCGUAUAUCUCAUUCGGUAUCUCGUACUGAAGUAGUAUUAUACAGACUCGGCUAAAAAAAAUUCCUGUCCUACCA